UAGAUGGAUGAUCAAUCCAGGUCGUACUGCGCAUGCGCAGCGGAAGUUGCUUGUUCAUCACGCUCUUACAAAGAUGGCUCUUGCUAGUGUAUUGAGCAGCGAUUGUGUGGAUUUUUCAUUUGAUUACCGUCAGCCCUUCGCUGUUGGUUGUGGUCCCGGUCAGAGCGGUGUAGAUUUGGAAGCUGCCCCGGGGGACAGUUUAAAAUUUUCUGUUAAGAACUCGCUACUCACCGGAGACGAGGAUGGCGUGGAGAGGAAAAUAGAGUUCCUGCACGGGACAACCACCUUAGCCUUCAAAUUCCAGCAUGGAGUCAUUGUUGCAGUGGACUCUCGGGCCACAGCAGGCUCCUACAUCGCCUCACAGACUGUCAAGAAGGUGAUUGAGAUCAACCCGUACCUGCUGGGUACCAUGGCGGGAGGAGCCGCUGACUGUAGCUUCUGGGAGCGCCUGCUGGCCCGCCAGUGCCGUAUCUAUGAGCUGCGCAACAAGGAGCGCAUCUCUGUGGCGGCUGCCUCCAAGCUGCUUGCUAACAUGGUGUACCAGUACAAGGGCAUGGGACUCAGCAUGGGGACCAUGGUGUGUGGCUGGGACAAGAGAGGCCCAGGGUUGUACUACGUUGACUCGGAGGGUAACCGGGUGUGUGGCGACCUGUUUGCGGUGGGCUCAGGCUCCAUGUAUGCCUACGGCGUGGUGGACAGCGGCGUGAGGAAUGAGCUGACAGUGGAGGAGGCGUGUGAGCUCGGCCGUCGCGCCAUCUACCAGGCGACGUACCGUGACGCCUACAGCGGAGGGCAGGUCAACCUGUACCAUGUCCACAGCGAGGGCUGGACCAGAGUCUCCCAGGAAGAUGUGCUCAUGCUGCACCAGCGGUACAAGGAGCAAGCAUAGUUAAUGAGGGGAAAGGUUUUUCUAACGUUUAGGAUGUUCUGAAAUGUAAUGAAUGUUGACCUGUAAUAAAAAGGACUCACCUGCC